GGCCCUCCCUCCAGGCCCCCCCUCCUCCCUCCUUCCUUCCUUCCCUUCCUCCCUCUCUCCCUCCCUCUUAGCUCCUCCACCAGGAAACAACCGGAUCCGGAUCCUGGCUGCGGCCUGACCCGGCUACACUCUGGCCGGGAGGAUGAAAGGCCUCAGCUGGGAGCCGCCUGCCACCAGCACUGGGUCCUAAGAGCUGCCAUCCAGGCUGGCCGCCCGGAUGGCGACCCCAGCCUCAGCCCCAGACACACGGGCUCUAGUGGCUGACUUUGUAGGCUAUAAGCUGAGGCAGAAGGGCUAUGUCUGUGGAGCUGGCCCAGGGGAGGGCCCAGCAGCUGACCCGCUGCACCAAGCCAUGCGGGCUGCUGGAGACGAGUUUGAGACACGCUUCCGGCGCACCUUCUCUGACCUGGCCGCUCAGCUACACGUGACCCCAGGCUCAGCCCAGCAACGCUUCACCCAGGUUUCCGACGAACUUUUCCAAGGGGGCCCCAACUGGGGCCGUCUUGUGGCAUUCUUUGUCUUUGGGGCUGCCCUGUGUGCUGAAAGUGUCAACAAAGAAAUGGAGCCUCUGGUGGGACAAGUACAGGAUUGGAUGGUGGCCUACCUGGAGACACGCCUGGCCGACUGGAUCCACAGCAGUGGGGGCUGGGCGGAGUUCACAGCUCUGUACGGGGACGGGGCCCUGGAGGAGGCACGGCGUCUGCGGGAGGGGAACUGGGCAUCAGUGAGGACAGUGCUGACCGGGGCUGUGGCCCUGGGGGCCCUGGUUACUGUAGGGGCCUUUUUUGCUAGCAAGUGAGAAAGUCUAGGGCCAGGUGGGGCUAGGUGUAGCUAGGGGCCAGGAGAGCUGGAACAGAACAGAGAAUGCCCUUGGAAGAAAUUGGAUGGUCAUGGUUCAGAGAAGGGCAGGGGAAGGUAGUGUGUGAGGGAGCCGAGCAUGCCGGGCAGAUGGCAAGAAGAAACAUGAAAGAAUGUUUCAAGGCCAGGAGCCCCGGAGAUGGAGUUAUCCCAGGGCUUGGGGGGAGGUGGGAGGGAUCACGCCCAUAGCCGGGGCACACAGGCUCCAAGGAAGGUGAACUUAUUUAAAGAAUUGUGUCCCCGUUCGAUGAAUGGGGUUUAAGGAACCUAGAAUUCACCUCCCUUUGGAAUGGAAGCUUGGUUAGGUGACUGGAUGGAAUGGCUGUGGCUGUGGGCUGCAUGGGCACACACGUGCAUGUUGGACAUGCACGCAUGCUCAUGUGCAUGCUGGGCUGUUUGUCGAAUCUGGUGAUGGGAUAUUUAGAGAAAACAUUCCUUCUUGCAGUGGCAAGAACAAGGGCCAGUUCACUGCCCUCCUCCCCUCUGUCCCUACCCUUGACCUUACGCCUCCAGGCUGAGGGGGGACUACUGUAUCUAGAUGAGGGCUCUGGUACUGCUCAGAGUUGUUGGCAAGGCUUUGGAGA